UCGUGCUUUUUGGUUGAUGCCGUUUUCACACUAUGGAGUAGGAAUAGCUUCUGAGAGACGCGAUAAUAGACCCAAGAUGAGUUCUCAGCAGUUUCCCAGGGCUGCACUGCCUCCUCCUGGAGCUGGACCCGGCCAGAUGUCUACUGACAGCAGCGUUCUAGGCACACAAUCAGUGGGCAGUGAGGACAGCAGCCGUGAAGUGGAUCACUCUCGGGAUCCUCCACCUGGCAGCAGCAGUGGCAGUGGAGGUGGAAUUGCAUCGUUCCGUGAUGAUAAGCAGGAGACGGUGAUGGUCAGGCCCUACCCACAGGUCCAAGCUCUCGUCCAGCCACCUGCUUUGCCCCAGCAUGUGCCUAUUCAGCCCAGCCCUCCUGUAACUGUGGCCACCCCAUCAGUACAGCUACUACAGGGCCAGCAGUCCGGCGUCAGCGAGGGCUCUGUGAAAGCUACCCUGAAGUCACCUAUGCCCAGUCGUCUUAUAGCACCUGCUCCGGCCAUUAGCCAAGGUCAUAUUCCUGUUCCAGCCAAAGUGUCUGGACAUAUCACCGUUCCCCUUGAGAGCAGCAUUGCUCCAGCUUCCAUACCAGUGGCAACCAUCAGCGGUCAGCAGGGACAGAGUAAUCUCCAUCAACUAAUGGCCACUAAUGUGCAGAUCUUCAGGGGCAAUGCAUCUGCGCUACAGAUCGGAUCUGCUGCUCCUCCCCAUACUUUCACCUCCCAUCUGCCCAGAGGCGCAGCUGCUGCAGCUGUCAUGUCUAGCACUAAAGGCCCUACUGUUCUCAGACCAGCCGGAGGAGGAAAUACAGGCCCCAGCCAACCUGCAGCUGUGCAGCACAUUAUACAUCAGCCUAUUCAGUCUCGACCUUUGGUGACCACCUCAACCGCUGUUCUGCCUACCAUGGUGGCUCCCAUUCCAGCUGCUAGAACCCAGUCCCCAGUCAUUAACACCCCUGUCACACAUGCUGCAGAGAUGGUUCAUGGGCGACCAGUAACUAUUCACCCUCCACCAACCACCAUCAACAUCCAGCGUCCCCCCACUCCGCGGGACACUGCCACCCGCAUCACCCUCCCCUCACACCCAGCUAUUGGAACCCAGAAAGCCCAGCCUGCUCACACCGUCACACAAAAGCCGAUCUUUAACACUGUGACCCCUGUUGCCGCUGCCACUGUAGCUCCGAUCUUAGCUACCAACACUGCUACUUCAGCUGCUUCUACAGGCUCUGCACCACACACCCAAAUGACCAGUAGCACUAUUGUCACCAUGACAAUGGCCUCUCACUCCUCCCAUGCUACAGCUGUGACCACCUCUGCCAUCCCUGUCGCUAAAGUGGUUCCUCAACCGAUUGCCCACACUUCCUCACGCAUCCAGCCAGAGUACUCAGGAGAAAGGACCAACCUGAUUCCCAUUUCAGGCCAUCGCUCUUCACCAAACCCUGUCACCAUGGAGGCUCGCAGCGAUAACAGGCCGCCAGUGCCAGUGCAGUUUCAGUACUUUCUACCCACAUACCCUUCAUCCCCGUAUCCUCUGACCCACACCUACACCCCCAUCACCAGCUCGGUCUCCAGCAUCCGCCCCUACCCAGUAACGGCUUCAGCUCAGAGCUCAACUCUUCCUGCUCAGGCUGGUGUUGGUGUGGCCACCACUGUGCACUUGAACCCCAUGCUGAUGGCAGUGGAUCGCAUUGGCUUGCCAUCUGCCCAGAUCAGCACUCAGAACAUCCAGCCAGCCUCUAUGACUGCUCAGGGCAUUCAGCCUGCACCAAUAGGAGUGCAGGGGCUUCAUGCCACUGCACCAAUCAGCACCCAGAGCGUACAACAGGCUCCGGUCACCACGCAACAGCCACAAUCUGAAGCAAAACCACCAGGUGUUGUUUUGGCUGAAAGUCCUGCUUUUGUCACUAAUCCAAUCGGGAGCACUUUUAGUGGCACGCAGCCUGUCACUACGAUGGUGCAGACACACCCCCAGGGGGCGGCUACAGGUGCACCCACACUCGUCUCCUCCCCUCGACCUAGCAUCCUUCGCAAAAAACCUGUGAAUGAGGGGGCAGUGCGUAAAAGUCUGAUCCCAGCACAGCCAAGUGAGCAUAAUGCUGGCCGAAUGGAUAGUGGGAUGAGGCUCUCGGGAUCCCCUCGCCCAGCGGGAGUGAAGCCCAAAUCUGAUGUUCAUGUUGCGAUGGCGUCCCCAGUCAUGGCAACUGUGGAGGCUCUUCCGAGUCACGGAGGUGAGCAGCAGCCGCUGUCCACUCCUACUCAGCAUCAUUCACAGGCCAUUCCCACCCUUCUGGCUCCACCAGCUCCGACACCUCCCUCUCAGCCCACUGCCGUUCUUUCAGCCCUGCCGGCAGCCAUGGCUGUCACUCCCCCUGUGCCUGCCUCCAUGGCCAAUGCAGUGGCUUCUCCCACUCAGCCAGCAGCCACCAGCACUGCUACCCUGAGCUCCAGCCUUCCAGAGGUUAAGGUGAAACAGGAAACUGAGCCAAUGGAUACUUCACAAGCAGUGCCCUUGGCUCCUUCUUCGACAGGUCCAGCUCCAUCCCUCUCCUCUCAGGCCUCCACCUUGGCCAUAUCUUCUCAACCCGGAGACCUCCUACCUGGGGCCUCUCCAAGAAAGAAACCCCGCAAACAGCAGCAUGUGAUCUCCACUGAGGAGACGGAGAUGAUGGAGACCAACAGCACAGAUGAAGAGAGAGCUAGCAGCCGAGCUCCAGGAAACAGACCUGAAAGACACGAGUCUCCACCUAGGGAAUAUGUUGAUGAGGAUGGUGUUCGUUACGUACCAGUCCGCCCCAGACCGCCCCUCACUCUUUUGCGCCAAUACCGUAACCCAUGGAAGGCCGCCUAUCACCACUUCCAGAGGUACAGUGACAUCAGAGUCAAAGAGGAGAAGAAAGGCAGCCUUCAGGACAUGGCCAAUCAGAGAGGAGUAGCAUGUCGAGCUCAGGGCUGGAAAGUGCACCUGUGUGCCGCACAGCUGCUGCAGCUGACUAACUUGGAGCAUGACGUGUACAGCCGGCUGACCACCCUGCAGGAAGGCCUCAUCCCAAAGAAGAGGGCUGGAGCUGACGAUGAUCUGCACCGCAUCAAUGAGCUCAUACAAGGCAAUAUGCAGCGCUGCAAGCUUGUGAUGGAUCAGGUGACUGAAGCUCGCGACACCAUGAUGAAAGUACUGGACCAUAAGGACAGAGUCUUGAAGCUGCUCAACAAGAAUGGGACCCCCAAAAAGAGCUCCAAGUUAAAGCGCAAGGAUCGGGCAUAGAUGCCACUCCACCGGGUUUAUCUUUGUCUUUCAGCGGAGUCGAACACAGAAAUACUCUUCAAAAGCUGGACCUGUCAUGGUUUAUCAGGUUGCUGUGCACAAUCAUCUACUUUCUUUUACAGUCUCGAAAAGAGAGAGAGAGAGAGAAAGAGACGGUUGUAAACCAUUGAACUGUUUUUACAGGAACUGCUGCUUACUGUGGACUGUCAAACUGUCCAUUAGGUAUGAGGCAGCCUGGUUAACCAAUGGUUGUUGUUUCCCCGCUAAAGAAAUUCUUUAAGUAUUUCGAUUUAAAAGAAACAUGUUGUCUUAUUUUUAUUUUAGUCUUUAGUUUUAGAGGCGAUGCUUUUGCUGUAAUGGACUUUAAAGAUCAGAAAUGUUUGCUACAUGUAACUCCUGUAUCUAGUUUGAUUCACACCAAGUACACGAUGCACACAUGCACAUGCUCGCAAGAGUGUGUUAGCUUUCCAUGUUUUGGUGCCUUGUAACAUGGGUGAAACUUUGGGGUUUUCUUUUUUCUUUUACUACAAAAAUUGAAGGUAAUCUGUCCGAGAUUAGUUAGAAAUUCCACUUUGAAAAUGUGUGUUAAUAGUCUUGUACUAACCAGAUAUAAUGCCCUCUAACCCUUCUAGGUUUUUUUUCUUUUCAUCACUGUAAACAUUCAAGCGUUAUAGUGACUGAUGGUCGUACAAAGCAGUCAAAUGUGUUCUUGAAAGAGUCGGUAUAAUUAUGUGGAUUUAUAUUAUAAGAUUGUGUCUAACGUUUUAUGUUUCAUUGUAAGAAAAUUGUUCUUAAUGGAAGUGAUGUGGUUUUCACCGAGUCUUUUUUUGUGCUGUUUUGCAGAUAUAAUGUUCUGGGCUUGAAAAAUAAUUUGACUUUUGUAAGGUGUUUUUUUUUUUUUUUUCAUUCUUAGAUUCUUUUAUUUUUCUGUGUGUAACUGUUAUGUGCUAUUGCAGUAAAACUGGAUACAUUUACAAAGAGCCUUGUUUAGUAAGUACACACACCUCUCAAGACUUGGCUAGUGAAAGAACGGUUGCACUUUAUUUAACAGUACAUGUACUUACAUGUACUCAUAGUGUUCUUACAGUGUAUUUAUCUAAGAAAGUUCUGGUAAUACAAGGUAACUACAAUGGGGUAGGGUUAGGUUUAGGGGUAGGUUCAGGGUUAGUACCUAGUUAUUUCAUAGUUAUUGUAAUUACUAUAAUAAGUACAUAGUAUGUACAUGGGGAACAGGACUGUAAAAUAAAGUGCUACCGAAAGAACUUAGGAAAGUAGAUUUUAGAUUUUGAAUAUAAUGAUCGCUGUAGUCAGUACAUUGUUUCCAUUUGCAUAUGCUUUUAUCCAGAGAGCUGUGUUGCUUUCAAAGUAUAUUUUACCAGUUCUUUCUCUCUCUGAGAAUCAACCCAUCACCUUGGCAUUGUUAGCGCCAUGCUCUACUUUUUGAGCUACAGAAAGUUGUUGGGGAUCUUUUUUUUUUUUCUUCUUUAACAAAACCAUUGAAAAAUCAGAUAUGCAGCAGGAAAUCUGGCCUGCUCUUUCACUAGUAAUCCGUAAACCCCUUUCAUUAUCGUUAGAACAGUUUCCACAUUGUUCAAAACCGUGUUUCUAAUAUUUUGAAGAUGUUUACCAUUUUCAUCAUUCAGAAAUGUUUAAAGUAGUCUUUGAUUUACUCUAAAUCAAUCUAGUAAAGGGUGAUUGCAGACAUUUAAUGUUUCAAACCAUCUUAAAAAUAGCUUAGUUGAAUUUUAAUUUAUGUUAGGUAAAGUUAGUAUUUUUUUUAGUGUUUUUUUUACAAUGUGUAAUAAAUUAUUGACCUUCAUGAUGUGAAGAAGAAAAAAAAUGACCGUAAGCAUUCCUGCACUGAUUGUGUCCCGAUAUUUUAUCUAACCUUGUUUCUUCCUGUAGGUUAAGGUCAAAAAUGUUGUUUGCUAAGGAUAUAUAUAUUUUAUUUUUUUUCUGUUCAUUCUUGACUCUGUUGAGAGAACCUGUUCUAUAAACUGCAUGUGACCAAAAAACACCACACCACAUAAACUCUUAAUUAUUGUG